AUCGAACGAUAACUGGAACCGAACCAACCAACCGCUGAUGGCCAACUGGUGGCACGAACGCGCGAACCGGUAGCCGCGCUCCCGAACCUAGAGGCCUACCGGCGCUGCAGAGUGAAGUCAGAAAAACUGCUUCAAUCUCCUGCGUAAUUCCUGCAGCAGGCACGCACGCACACCACCGGUCCGCGCGCGGGCGUUUUCUUAGCGAAACACCAUGAAUUUGACGUGUCUUUAGGCCACACUGGGGGGCCCCUCAAGUGAAUGUUAACAGUGCAACUCGCAUGCAUAUCAUAUUGUUCGAGGCCUUGCAGACGCCGCGCAAGCCAUUCGAGCAAUCAAAAGGCCUCCUUCGCCGGUCGCAGCGCGCUCGAUUCACUACAGCACCACAGUCCCGGAUAAGGAUUACUUAACCUAUAGGUUUAGGCCGCAGCUGCAAUGCCUCGCGUGUGGACUGCUGCCCAGAGGCAGCAGGCAUGGGCUGCUGGCACCAAGGCCUACAAUAAGCUCACGCCGGAGGAGCAGGAUGCGCUGAAAGCGAUUUUCAACGCUGCAGAUGUCAACGGCGACAGAACAUGGUCGUGGCAGGAGUUCUCGGCCUAUGUGAAGGGGAAUGCUGCCUUUCGCCUGAACUACACGAACAUCUUGGAUGACCUGUGGGGGUUGUUGGACGUUGACGGAGACGGCACCUUGGACUUUUACGAAGUCGGGACGCUCUUCUACUUCCUGUCCUUGGACAUGUCCACGUGCGACCUCUGCUGCCAAGUCAUCCUGGAUGACGCGAUGUGGGCCUGCCGCUCCUGCUGCACUCGCUACAUCCGCAGCCACAUGCGCGACGGCAACGACUGGGCAGUGGUGUGCACGGGCUGCUACGGCGGCGGCGCCAUGCAGCCCACCGCCGGCGGCGGCGGCGUCCACAAGGCCUGCGGCGGCCGCAUGGAGCUCGUCCCACACGACCCGCUCGUGUCCACCACCCAGUGCCCCCUCUUCCGCGAGCUCCUGGCCAACGCCGGCAUGUACGGCACCGCGUGCCUAUGCUGCGGCGUGGUGCACGCGCACGUGGCCAGCUACCUGUCCGCCACCGGCAGCCGCGGGCGGCACAUGCUGCAGUCGCCGGACGGCAGGGGCUUCGUCUGCGAGCUGUGCACCAGCUGGGUCUGCGACCGCUGCGGCGCCUCGGGCUGCGACCCCAAGGCCCCCCAGUUGGGCCGCUGGUCCCAGAAGCAGAAGCACCUGUCGUUCUGCAUGCUUAAGGGCCUCGGCGGCUGGCAGUUCGACAAGAUGACACUUGCCCGGGAAGCCAACGACACCAGCCGGGAGCAGUGCCCCGCCUGCCAGGUGCUGUUCCGGCAGCAGGCGCCGACGUACCAACUGCCGCAGCAGGCGCCGCAGCCGCCGCUGCUGCAGACGCUGACGUUGAUUGAGAUUCCGUCGCUGUCCCCGCCGCAGCAGCUGUCGCCGCAUCUGCCAUCACCGCCGGCAAUGCCACCAACGCCGCAGCAGCCGCUGGUGCCGCCGCUGUUUCCGCCAUCGUCAUCGUCAUCGUUGUCGCCAUGGUCGCAGCUGUCGGCGCCACAGACGAUGGCGCCCCAGGCGCUACAGCAGGCGCUGCAGCAGCAACAGCCGCUGCAACAGCAGCCGCAGCCGCAGGCGCAGCCGCAGCCGCAGCCGGCGGACAGCAGCAGCAGCUCGGCGGUGUCGUGUGUGUGCUGCGGCCUGGCGCACGAGCGUGUGCCGGCCUAUCUGUCCGCCGCUGGUACCCAGCACGUCCUGCCCGCGCCCGGCGGCCAGGGCUUCGUCUGCGAGCUGUGCGCGGUUUGGAUCUGCGAGCGCUGCGGCGACUCCCAGUGCAACCCUGAGACUCCCGAGAUCGGCCGGUGGCGCAAGUCUCUGGUGCACGGCACCAAGUGCAAGAAGCGGGGCAAGGGCGGCUGGGGCUUCGAGCUGGGCGAGCUCGCCAACACGGCCUUGGGUCCGUUCCGCCAGCAGUGCGGUACCUGUCGCUCCACCUUUGCGGAACUGCAGGCGCGGCAGCAGCUGCUGGCGGCGCAGCCGGUGCAGCCGGCGCCGGCCAGGGACGGCGGCGGCGGCAACAAGUUUGAGGACCUGAGUGAUGCGGCAGUGGCGGGAGUGAAGGUGGGGGCCGCGGUGGCCUCGGCUGCGGGCUGCUGUGUCAUGUGAUACCGUACGGUGCCGUAAUGCGUGCGAAGUGCCGGAUGAGGUGCAGGCGCUGUGGCAGUGGGGGGAGCGAAGACAUCCAUCCGUAGUGACGUUGUGGAGGGACGUCGCAUGCAGGUUAUGCAAAGUUCUGUAUAGCACCGUAUCCUGUACAGUUUUGUUUCUGGCGGAUCUUGACGGCCGGCUACAACCGCCACACUGCUGCCCUUGAGGGUCUGUAUAUAUGUGCGAUGGAGCUGCUGAGGAGCGCCGGGCUGCUGGGUGUUCGGCAGCUAGGUGUGCGAGCAAUCGUUGGAUUGCUUGGGUAGGUCGCGUGGGUAGGUCAAGGGUGUCGCCCUUACACGCAGACGCACACAAACACACGGGUCUCCGCAUUUUUGGGCCCCUGGAUGCCGGGUGAGAGCGUGGUCAGAGGCUGAGGGCCCUUCUCGCCAGCGGCGGCGGCCUAUCUCUGGAAGAUUCAUACAAGCCCUGCAUCCACCCACACACCCUGAAAUUUGGGGCCGCAAAACUUCGCACUUUCUACCCUGCUGAUUCAAACCCUGAAGUUUUAAACGAUUUCAUUGAGCUCUUCCUGUCUAGAACUAGAGCUACAGUAGGCCGACGGCGUUGCAGGUGGCAUGCCACUGGGGUCCAGAGCAGGGUAUGGCUACGGUAUUGGCGUGAGGGCAUGAGCCACAGCGGUGGGUGCCCAGCAUGACAUAUGGAUCUCGCGGGCUAAGUAGUCUACUUGGUUGGAACUUCCAUGCUUGGCAUGCGAAGGCCGCCGGCACUUAGCAGCCGGGCAAGGGGAACGGCGCGAGCAUGGCGUGGAGUCUGUGUGGAAUGGCCGGGCCGGGCGGCGGGCGGCCCUAAAGUGGAAACAGCGCGACCCCCUUCCUAGCUAGCUGGCAGACCAUCGACACCCGGGCCAAUCGCAUGACGCGCCCAGCAUGCUACACUGGCCCGGUGCUUGGUCAAAGGCGCGAUGGGACAGGGUACCGUAAUGCUACUCGAUAUGUGAGUGAUUGUAACCCAUUCCGUAGCAGGAGUGGGGAUAUGGGCAACUGGAGGGCGUCCUAUACAAGCUAUCACCAAUUCUGUGCUGCGCGCCCGAUUCCAGAGUUCCAGCCCCCAGAUGGCCAACACCCUCCGUCACCCAUGCCGACAAUCACCAAUCGAGCGCAACAGUUCGGCAAGGGGCAAGUUGGCGUAGCCCAGCGUCGAAGGUGGUCCCAGCCACUGCGAUUUCAGAACUCAGUGACAUUGGGACAUACAAGGGUUCGGGGGACUUCCGUAUAACCUGU